ACCCUGGCUAUCCCAAAUUUCACCUAUAUUCCUGCAAGACUUAUGCAGAACGUGAGCUAGAGAGACUUAAAAAGGAGCGUAAUGUGGCGAAACUUGCUGAAUCUGUUGCAUUGUCUGGUAAAUAGGCGGAUAUGCCGUGCACUCGUUGCUUUCGAGCGGGAACUGGAGAGAAAUGUUUGAUAUCUCCUGACUCUAGUCGGUGUAGCGAGUAUAUGCGUAAGCGGAAACCUUGCAAUGGUACGCAAGUAGCGUCUUCUUUGUCUAUUCUUAUGAAACAAGAGAAAAAGCUUGAAGUGGACGAGGACGAAGCUAGUGAUGAUCUUUUGAAGCUUUAUGAAGAGAUGGCGGCCUUGCAGUCUCGUCUCGCGGCUGCUGCUGGGCGUCUUUCCUAUAUCCGGAAGAUCCGGGCUAGGGUAAAAGAGAAACGUUCUGAAGCCAUGCAUCGUGGUCUUCAAGAAGUUAAGAAGGAAGAUGGUAUCUUGUCUAUAUUGGAUGCUUAUAAAGAUGCCGUGGUGCGCGAUCUUUAAGUAGACCACGUUCCUAAUGAUGUUGAUUGGGCGUCCUUGGGUUUGGGGGACGAUUUUUUAGAUGCGUUGCCCUUAUUUGAGUUUGGUGAAAGUUCUUCAGGAGUCGCUGGGCGUUAGCGAGGUGUUUAGUGGGUUUCUAUGUAUUUUCGUUUUCCGGGUAGUCUUUCUAUUUAACUAAAUAUUUGCGUUUUCUGUUCUCUAGUUAUAUCUUCCUGAUUGCUUCUGCUUUAUAGACCUCUGGUCUUGUAAUUACUUGUGGUUUGUUACUAGUUCUGAUAUAUAUUAUGUCUGCUACUGAUUUAAGUAUUGCAAUAUAGUAUACUAGGUAGUAUUAUAUUAUUAAG